AUGAAUAGUAAAUAGAAGGCCUUUGCCUUACUGUUGCUCUUUAUGCUCUCAGGAGUAUAAGUGAUGACAUAAGAUUUGACUGAUGAAUAAAGAAAGUUAUUAGAACAAUCUUAAGAAACCCAUGAAUUCUAAGCUGAAACAGGUAGAUUGAUGGAUAUUCUUAUUAAUUCUCUCUAUACUCAAAAAGAAAUCUUUCUUAGGGAAUUAAUCUCAAAUGCUGCCGAUGCUCUAGAUAAAAUUCGUUUUUUAAGUGUUAAGAAUCCAGAAAUUUUGGGAGAUAAGACAGAAUUAGCAAUUAGAAUUGAAAUAAAUACAGAAGAAAAGUCAGUUACAGUAACAGAUAGUGGUAUUGGUAUGACAAAGAAUGAUUUAAUCUCUAAUUUGGGUACUAUAGCAAAAUCAGGAACAACUCAAUUUAUUGAGGCAAUUAAAGGUGGUAAUGUAAAUUUGAUUGGUCAAUUUGGUGUUGGUUUCUAUUCAUGCUUUUUGGCAGGAUAGAAGGUUACAGUUGCAUCAAAAAAUACAGAUGAUGAUUAAUACAUUUGGGAAUCUUAAGCAGCUCAUUCAUUUGCUGUAUCUAAAGAUCCAAGAGGUAAUACUUUAGGUCGUGGUACUUAAGUCACUAUUCAUUUGAAAUAGGAUGCAGUAGAAUUUGCUGAAGAGAGUACAAUAAAAGAAUUGAUUAAAAAGUAUUCUGAAUUUAUCAAUUUCCCAAUUUACUUAAAGGUAACAAGAGAAGUUACAAAAUAAGUAGAUGAAGAACCAGAAUAAUAAGAUUAAUAAGAUUAAACAGAUUAAACUGAUGAUGAUGAAGUCAAAGUUAAAGAUGAUGAUGAUGAUGCAGAUACAAAGAAGAAGGCUACUAAAACUAUUAAAGAGAAGGUAUCUGAAUGGAUGCAAGUAAAUGAAAAUAAAGCUAUUUGGUUGAGACCUAAAGAAGAGAUAUCAGAUGAUGAUUAUAAGAAAUUCUAUAAAGUAUUAUCAAAGAAUUCAGGUGAAGAUCCAUUCAAUUGGGUUCAUUUUAAGGCUGAAGGUGAAGUUGAAUUUACAUCUCUUAUUUAUGUUCCAAAAAGAGCACCAAGUGAUAUGUUUGAUAAUUAUUAUGGAAAAUAAACUACAAAUUUGAAAUUGUAUGUUAGAAGAGUUUUGAUUAGUGAAGAAUUUGAAGAUAUUCUUCCAAGAUAUCUAAGUUUUGUUAAAGGUGUUAUUGAUUCUGAUGAAUUACCAUUAAAUGUUAAUAGAGAAACACUAUAAUAACUUAAAAUGUUGAAGGUUAUCAGUAGAAAGAUUGUUAAGAAAAUAUUAGAAUUAUUUUAAGAUGCUGCUUCUUAUGAUGAAGAAGAUGAAGAUGAUACUGAAGAAGGAGAAGAAGAUGAUAAUAUGGCUGAAACAACUCCAGAAGAAUAAUAAAGAUUGAAGGAUGAAAAGAGAAAAAAGAAGAUGGAUGAAUAUAAUGAAUUUUGGAAAGAAUAUGGAAAGAAUAUCAAAUUAGGUGUUAUUGAAGAUUCAUCAAAUAGAUAGAAAUUAGCUGAAUUAACAAGGUAUAAUUAUUAUUUAAAUUAUUAUAUGAAAUAUUUUGGGUAUGAUGAUAANAUUUUGGGAGAUAAGACAGAAUUAGCAAUUAGAAUUGAAAUAAAUACAGAAGAAAAGUCAGUUACAGUAACAGAUAGUGGUAUUGGUAUGACAAAGAAUGAUUUAAUCUCUAAUUUGGGUACAAUUGCAAAAUCAGGAACAACUCAAUUUAUUGAGGCAAUUAAAGGAGGAAAUGUAAAUUUGAUUGGUCAAUUUGGUGUUGGUUUCUAUUCAUGCUUUUUGGCAGGAUAGAAGGUUACUGUUGCAUCAAAAAAUACAGAUGAUGAUUAAUAUAUUUGGGAAUCUUAAGCAGCUCAUUCAUUUGCUGUAUCUAAAGAUCCAAGAGGUAAUACUUUAGGUCGUGGUACUUAAGUCACUAUUCAUUUGAAAUAGGAUGCAGUUGAAUUUGCUGAAGAGAGUACAAUUAGAGAAUUAAUUAAAAAGUAUUCUGAAUUUAUCAAUUUCCCAAUUUACUUAAAGGUAACAAGAGAAGUUACAAAAUAAGUAGAUGAAGAACCAGAAUAAUAAGAUUAAUAAGAUUAAUAAGAUUAAACUGAUGAUGAUGAAGUCAAAGUUAAAGAUGAUGAUGAUGAUGCAGAUACAAAGAAGAAGGCUACUAAAACUAUUAAAGAGAAGGUAUCUGAAUGGAUGCAAGUAAAUGAAAAUAAAGCUAUUUGGUUGAGACCUAAAGAAGAGAUAUCAGAUGAUGAUUAUAAGAAAUUCUAUAAAGUAUUAUCAAAGAAUUCAGGUGAAGAUCCAUUCAAUUGGGUUCAUUUUAAGGCUGAAGGUGAAGUUGAAUUUACAUCUCUUAUUUAUGUUCCAAAAAGAGCACCAAGUGAUAUGUUUGAUAAUUAUUAUGGAAAAUAAACUACAAAUUUGAAAUUGUAUGUUAGAAGAGUUUUGAUUAGUGAAGAAUUUGAAGAUAUUCUUCCAAGAUAUCUAAGUUUUGUUAAAGGUGUUAUUGAUUCUGAUGAAUUACCAUUAAAUGUUAAUAGAGAAACACUAUAAUAACUUAAAAUGUUGAAGGUUAUCAGUAGAAAGAUUGUUAAGAAAAUAUUAGAAUUAUUUUAAGAUGCUGCUUCUUAUGAUGAAGAAGAUGAAGAUGAUACUGAAGAAGGAGAAGAAGAUGAUAAUAUGGCUGAAACAACUCCAGAAGAAUAAUAAAGAUUGAAGGAUGAAAAGAGAAAAAAGAAGAUGGAUGAAUAUAAUGAAUUUUGGAAAGAAUAUGGAAAGAAUAUCAAAUUAGGUGUUAUUGAAGAUUCAUCAAAUAGAUAGAAAUUAGCUGAAUUAACAAGGUAUAAUUAUUAUUUAAAUUAUUAUAUGAAAUAUUUUGGGUAUGAUGAUAAAAUUCAUAUAGAUAAUAANAUUUUGGGAGAUAAGACAGAAUUAGCAAUUAGAAUUGAAAUAAAUACAGAAGAAAAGUCAGUUACAGUAACAGAUAGUGGUAUUGGUAUGACAAAGAAUGAUUUAAUCUCUAAUUUGGGUACAAUUGCAAAAUCAGGAACAACUCAAUUUAUUGAGGCAAUUAAAGGAGGAAAUGUAAAUUUGAUUGGUCAAUUUGGUGUUGGUUUCUAUUCAUGCUUUUUGGCAGGAUAGAAGGUUACUGUUGCAUCAAAAAAUACAGAUGAUGAUUAAUAUAUUUGGGAAUCUUAAGCAGCUCAUUCAUUUGCUGUAUCUAAAGAUCCAAGAGGUAAUACUUUAGGUCGUGGUACUUAAGUCACUAUUCAUUUGAAAUAGGAUGCAGUUGAAUUUGCUGAAGAGAGUACAAUUAGAGAAUUAAUUAAAAAGUAUUCUGAAUUUAUCAAUUUCCCAAUUUACUUAAAGGUAACAAGAGAAGUUACAAAAUAAGUAGAUGAAGAACCAGAAUAAUAAGAUUAAUAAGAUUAAUAAGAUUAAACUGAUGAUGAUGAAGUCAAAGUUAAAGAUGAUGAUGAUGAUGCAGAUACAAAGAAGAAGGCUACUAAAACUAUUAAAGAGAAGGUAUCUGAAUGGAUGCAAGUAAAUGAAAAUAAAGCUAUUUGGUUGAGACCUAAAGAAGAGAUAUCAGAUGAUGAUUAUAAGAAAUUCUAUAAAGUAUUAUCAAAGAAUUCAGGUGAAGAUCCAUUCAAUUGGGUUCAUUUUAAGGCUGAAGGUGAAGUUGAAUUUACAUCUCUUAUUUAUGUUCCAAAAAGAGCACCAAGUGAUAUGUUUGAUAAUUAUUAUGGAAAAUAAACUACAAAUUUGAAAUUGUAUGUUAGAAGAGUUUUGAUUAGUGAAGAAUUUGAAGAUAUUCUUCCAAGAUAUCUAAGUUUUGUUAAAGGUGUUAUUGAUUCUGAUGAAUUACCAUUAAAUGUUAAUAGAGAAACACUAUAAUAACUUAAAAUGUUGAAGGUUAUCAGUAGAAAGAUUGUUAAAAAGAUAUUAGAAUUAUUUUAAGAUGCUGCUUCUUAUGAUGAAGAAGAUGAAGAUGAUACUGAAGAAGGAGAAGAAGAUGAUAAUAUGGCUGAAACAACUCCAGAAGAAUAAUAAAGAUUGAAGGAUGAAAAGAGAAAAAAGAAGAUGGAUGAAUAUAAUGAAUUUUGGAAAGAAUAUGGAAAGAAUAUCAAAUUAGGUGUUAUUGAAGAUUCAUCAAAUAGAUAGAAAUUAGCUGAAUUAACAAGGUAUAAUUAUUAUUUAAAUUAUUAUAUGAA